CUUGAUGGAAAGCGAACACAGCCGCUACUGCGGCAAUUUUAUUUUUUGUUUGUUUAUAUACAAAGUAUUUAUGCAAAAGUAAGGCAUUUUUAAUAUAUUUAAUAUGGAUAUUAGCGCGGAUGUAGCUGCCAUUGUCGGGCAGGCGUCGGAUUGGAAUUUCGCUGGCGAUUGUGCGCUGCUGGAGCUAAUGAAACGUAUCUCUCAGAAUCUUCACGAGCGGGGCGAACAAACUAGUCGUAAUUUUAGAGAAUUCGAAACGAAAGUAAGACGCGUGGAUAUUGCGCUGGACAAUGCGACGAACAGUUUGCGUUCGCUGCAGUUUGGCCAGCAGUUCGUGGAGUACAGGGUGGAGGAGGUGGACGAUGAUGACUUUGUCCUGCCCGAGGAGCAGCAAAAGAAGCCCGAGUUGCCAUUGAAGAGUUCCCAGGAGCUGGCCGCUGAGUUUCUACAGAACAAUCUACAAAUGUUCAGAAAGAACUUCGAGGCGGUGACCAUUGAAUUGACCGACUCGGAUGAAGAGGACGGCACUGUAAAUGCCACCACCGUCUAUCGCGAUAAGAAUCCCUACGACAGCAUACCACUGCCCUAUGUUAUAGGCUCCAAGGAGUGGCAGGAGCACAAACACGCCGGACUCUACGACAGCACGGAGAACAGCGAAGAUGAACAGCCCGAGCAGUUCUCCUCGAGCUCGUCUGAUGAGCUAGAAACAGCUGCGCCAAAGGCCACGCCCGUGCAUCAAGCACAGCACUCGGACUCCUCAUCGCUGGCAUCGCUGCCAAGGGAAAUGCCCGCACAAAACCAGGCAACUCCUGUGGCUCAACCUCCGCCUCAGCCUGUGUCCCAGUCUGUGCCUCAGCCUGUUCUGCCACUAGCUCGGCCGCGUCCUAUCAUAAGCAUGCAUAGAAAUCCACAUGAGAGCGACAUGUUUGCAGCGCUACGUGCUUCACCGCCCAGCGAUGAUCCACCUUCCAGCUCAGCUUCCUCGCUCAACUCAUCGCCAGCCAUUUCGCAUGCGAACGCUGCGGCGACGGGCCUCAGUUCGAGCAGCAGCAGCGCCAGCAAGGUGGUCAUCCAGGCUGGCAGGCAAUCGCCGCCUAAGCUAUUCGAUGAAGCGAUCCCAGUUGCUGCCGCUGCCACGCCCAUUGAUGUGCCCAGCGCAGUGAGGCCCACGCCAAGUGCUGCCAGUCAAAUCAAGCGAAAGCCUGUUAAUCUGUUCAACGACGAUGAGUUCAAUUCCUUUAUGUCCGAAAUUGUGGACAAGGUGCAGUCCAAGUCGGCCAACGGCCCAACGCCGCCCGCAACUGUGACCAAAGCUAAGAAUUCGCCCAAAGAAUCGCCGGCGCCUCAGGAAGUUAAGCCUGUUGCUCCCGCACGCAAACCAAUUGAGACACCACAGCGUAGCCUAAAUCUCUUCGAGGACAGCCCACCGCCGAGUCCCAGUUUGAGGCCAGCGACCAGCACGGCAAAUCCUGCCAAGAAGCUGCCAACAUCGCUCUUUGAUGACAAUUUGGAUGAUGAUGUCGAUGAUUUCCUCAGUUCCUUUACAGCCAAACCAAAGCCACAACAACAAACGCCCAAGACCACAUUAUUUGAUGAUGAUGAUGAUCUGGACAUUGAUGACAUCUUUGCCAAGAAAACGCCAACAGUGCAGCCAACUAAAUUGGCCAGCAAUAUAGUAAGCGCAACCUCGCUUUUUGAUGAUGACGGUGAAGAUGUGGAGAAUGUGAAUGAUAUAUUUGGCACGAGCUCAAGAAAGGCUGCUGAAAAACAACCGCAACAGCAAACCAAGGUUUCACUUGUCCAGCCACCAGCUAGGGAACCGCCAGCUGCACCUCGUAGUCUCUUUGAUGAUCUGGGUGAUGAUGAUCUGUUUGGCACGCCCAAAGCAAAGAAGCCAAGUCCAUAUGCUGGCGCCGAAAAGGAGCAGCUGAGCGAAACCAAGAGGCUUGUGGAGGAGGCAACGCCAGCAGACGUGGAGCAGCAGCUGCCUGAGCAGGCAGAACUCUUUGGACAACAAGCCAAAAAGCUCGAGCGGCAGAUUCCGCAGGCAAGCCAAGACUCGCCUGAUGAGGCGCCGGCAAACUUGAAAGCACAGCUGCCCAUUUCCAAAGUGGAUCUAUUCAGCGAUGAUUUCAGCGACGAGGAAGUUGUCAUAAGUUCCUCAUCCCAUACGACAAGAGAUUCAAAAGAGAUUACAACAACUGGGGAACUGCUGCCAGAGCCAACGAACAAAGCAGAAGAGGACCAGGACGAGCCUAAGAACAAGGAUGAAGCGGAGCUAUCGAGCAAUAAUGAAGAGCAGCAACAAGUGAAGCCUGCUCUGCUGGGUGAUUUAUUAAAGAACAUCAAAGACAGCUCCGCAAAUACAAUAGCUGAGGAGGAGGAGGAGGCGGAGGAGGAGCAGCCGCCGCCGGCUGACCAGCAGCAGCUGCAGCAGGAUCCCAUCAUCAGCCUGGUGGCUGGGCAAACCAAAAAGUUAACGCACUCUCAAGCGCCGGCGGAUUUGGCAGCUGCUCAGCAGAUAAUGCAAAACUAUUCGAGCCUCUUCUCGGAUGAGCCGCCCGACGAUAGCGAGUUCUUUCAAUCCUUGGGCACCAGCAGCCUGAGCAGCCUGAGUGCCACCAAAAUGUUCGACAGCGAACAGGAUUUCUUUGAGCCCUCGCUGCCCGAUUUGCCGCCCGCAGCUGCAGCGACCGUGGAGCAGGCCAACAAUGACUAUGGUGGCAUGCGUCUGUUCAGCGACGAGCCGCCAGAGGACGAUGAGGAUGAGGAUGAGCAGGAGGAAAAGGAGAUAGCUGCAGUAUCUGCAAACGCUGCAAAGCAACCGGAUGCAGCUGCUCCAAAGCGCAUACACACGAUCUUCUACGACGACUUCAGCGAAACGGCCCGAGCAGGCUCAGCCGCUCCGCAGGCCAAGUCGGCGAUCUUUGCUGAGGAGCCGCCGCCGGCGGAUGCGCCCAAACCCAGCUCACCCGUUAAAAAACUGCAAAUGCCCAAUAUAAACAUCAAUGUGCAGGCGCUGCUGCCCGGCGCCGGCUCCGGCCCCGGCGCCUUGCCUAAGCCGCCCAAGAAGCUGGAGGAGGCAGCGCGCAGUGCUGCUCCAGUUCGCCAAGCGGCGAUAUCCAGCUCCAGCGAGGCGGACAACAUUUUGCAGUGCAUCAGCAAGACGCGAGUGCGCGGUCCCGCCCAUCGCCGGCCGUCCACGCGCCGAGCACGACAGGCGAACUACGCCAGGAGUUUGCUGGAGGCACCGCCUGAGCCAACUCCUGCCUCGUCUACGUCCCCAUCAGCGGCAACAUCCACAACUGCUUCGCUCUCCAGCAAAUCAGCUGGCCUGCCCAGCUUUGAUAGUGAUGACAACGAGGCGGCAGCGGAUGAUGCCUUGUUCAAGGCAUUUAGAGCACAGCCAGCCGCUGCUCAAGAAUCAUCUCAAGCAGCCAAAUCGAAGACAGCUUUAUUUUUGGACUGCGAUCCGGAUGAUGAUGCGCUCUUUGGCAAAACGCUGGAUAGAAAAGCUGAAAAGGUGCCCGCAGUUGUUCCUCCAGUCGCUCCGAGAGCAACUUCUCCAUUUGCUCCGCCAGCAAUUGCUCCCGUUGCUCCCCCAGCAACAACUCCCGUUGCUCCCCUAGCAACAACUCCCGUUGCCAUGCUGUCCACACAACCACCCGAGGAUGACUUUAAGCCCUUUGCUAAAUCGGCUUCCUUUUUGGAUAGCGACGAGGAUGAUGAUAGCAACGGUUUCCUCUUUAGCCCAUCCACAGCACAAAGACCAGCACAGUAUGCCAAUAUGGGCACAUCUAGAGCUCCUACUGGUCCACCCAAAUCCUAUGUAUCCUUCUUGGACAACAACGAUGCGGAUGAGGAUGCCAUGUUUGCUGCCGCAGCAACCAGGUCAGCAGCAGCAGCUGCUCCGACUGCCUUGCCCAGCCAGAAACCACCAAAGGAUGAGCUCAAAUCCACAGCAAAAUCUGCUUUCUUGGUUAGCGAUGAAGACGACGACGAUGAUGCACUCUUUCAGACAGGCAAGCUCAAGACUGUGGCUGCAACUAAGAAGCCACAGGUAGUUGAACCUAAAUCCAGUAAAGUGCAGGCGCCAGCGCCAGCCUCCGUUGUCUUGGACAAGUCCAAGCCGAAGCCGAAGCCUGUUAAAUCCAAACUCUUCGAUGACAGCGACGAUGAUGACGAUUUGUUUGGCAGCGCAGCUGCGUCCGUGAGCAAAGCACAGCCAGCUCCCGCUCCCGCUGCAGCCAUUAGCCAAGCUCCCCUGUUCGCAAGCAGCAGCGAGGAGGAGCCGGAGCAGAAGCCGCCCAAAGCAUUGACCAGCAAAGCAAAGCUGCCCGCCAAGCCCGCCAAGAGUCUGUUCAGUGAUGAUGAUGAUGACGACGAUCUGUUUGGCGGCGGAGCUGCUGCUGCUGCUCCUGGUGCUAAGCGAGCUGCUCCAAGCAGCCAGGCCAGGCCUGUGCCCAAAAAGGCGGCCAGCAAGACGACGAUGGCGACGCCUCUGCAGGCCAGUAAAGUCGAUGGAGCCGAUAAUCCGCUGGCCGAUCUGUUGGGCCCAUGAGGUACUUUAUCUAAAACACAUUUUGUUAUAAUACUACAAGUAUGUUUAUUUACACUUAUCGAUUUGUUUAUGUUAAUUACACAACUCUACAACUGA